GCUUCGAAGAGCACGAAAGCCGAAAGUUUUUCACCGAGAAGAGAGACACAGCCGAACUCCAGAAAUGGCGACCGCUCUGGCGAACAGAGCUUCGAGCGAUCGAGCUCUAAGCCUCUUGAAGCUCCCAUUCAGCUUCCUCAGAAGCUUCAGUGCUGCUUCGCAAUCUCCUUCUGCGCCAAAUCCCAAUGCUUCUUCCUCGGCCUCGAAGAAACCCAAGAGAAGAAAGAAGAAGAACCUGUUCGAGGUCGCUCAGUUCUUACCUAGCUGGGGACUCGGGUACCACAUGGCCAAGACUCACUGGACCGGGGUCUCCUACGAGAUCACGAAGAUCAAUCUAUACAAGGAUGGUAGGCAUGGCAAGGCAUGGGGAAUCGUUCACAAGGACGGCUUGCCAGCUGCAGAUGCACCAAAGAAAAUAAGUGGAGUCCACAAGCGUUGUUGGAGGUAUAUUCCAAACUUGAAAAAAACAACGGAGAUUGCACCCAACUUGACCAAAUGUGCUGAAACUGCCCCGAAAGCUGAAGUUCAAGCAUCUUGAAUCGUAUCGACUAAUAAUAGAUACUGGUUGCCUGACGUGUUAUACCCUGAUGUCCUUUUUCAGCCGUUGAUGCCCCACUAUUUUAGAGUUUCACUCCAUUGGCACCGAUGUCGGCUGUAGUUUGUUCUCUAUUCAGUUCUUUCUGGAUGUAUUUGAUGCUUUUUUGUAGCAUCCUUGUGCACUGGAAGCAAAAGAAACGGCCUUUCGGCAAUGCAAAUGAAAAUAUGUCAUCACAAGUGAAGGUUGAGCAUGA